GGAACGAUCACAAAUCAAUUGUCUUGUUCCACUGAAUGAUUCCACUCGUAUCCACAGAGACCAACUUCCUAAAAUAAAAAAACUGCAAUUAAGACUAAAUAAAAUAGAAGAAGUCCCUCACUAUGCCUUCUUGGCAUUUGAAUACCUGCAAGUUCUUGAUUUAAGUGUGAACAGAAUAAAUUAUAUUUCAAACAAAUCUUUUUGUAACAUGACAAUGCAGAAUGAAUUGAAUCUUUCUCAAAACAAACUCAUUGGUCUUUUGUACGGUGCUUUCUCAUGUCUCAGAAAUCUGGAAUAUGUCAACUUGGCACAAAACAGAUUGAAUGAAUUUGACCCUGCAUGGUUUACUGGUUGCAAAUCACUGAAAAUUCUGAACGUUUCCAGAAACAACAUCGUCAAUAUUAAAUAUGGUUCCUGGAACACCACUAACUUGCAGAUACUUGACUUUUCUUCAAAUAAUCUUAAGUCCAUUGGAAGAUCCAUGUUUACUGGUCUAUCUCGUUUAAGGAUUCUGAGAUUAGGAAGGAAUCGAGAACUAAAGAUAAUUGCUCAGGAUCCCUUCAAAGGAAUGACAGCUCUUGAGAAUCUUACAUUGAAUAACAUAGGUAGAUUUGUUCUGAAUGGUACUCUUGCUGACUUGAGGAAUCUGACUUUCUUUGACUGCUCCUUCCUUAUUCGUGAGGUAAAGGUUGCCUCCAUUCACCAGUUUACACACACCUCAGCAUUAAAAACAUUAGACAUGUCUUUCACUCAUAUUUCUCCUGAUGAUUUGGUGAAUAAGGAAAUAAAAGAAUCAUUAUUUCAUGGGCUGGUAUCGCUUCACACUCUUAAAUUAAGAGGAAAUAACCUCCAAGAUUUGCCCGAGGUGUCUUUCAUGUUUUCUCCUCUACAACAAAUGAAAAAACUUGAUUUGGUUCGCUGUAACCUGCAAAGGAUUACGUCACAGGUUUUUAAGAAUUUGGGAGGCCUUGAAGAGCUUCUACUGAAUACUAACAGCAUUGUGUACAUAUCUGAAUAUGCAUUCCAAAAUUUGCAAAAUUUGUCUAGUUUACUUCUGCAAUACAACAGAAUAUAUUCAAUAGGGAAAAAUUUGUUCAAAGGCACAACUAAUCUUAAGCGGUUGUACCUACAAGAAAACAAGAUAACUACAAUUGAACCUGGUACAGUAUUUCCACCUCGGUUGCUAAGACUGAAUAUAUCAGGAAACAUACUGAUCUGUAAUUGUGAACUAGCUUGGUUUGUCCACUGGACACGUACUGCUACCAAUGUUUCCUUCGGACCCCAGAAUGAAACUCUUUGUUCCAAUAAUUCAUUCAGUGAACUUCAAAACAAACCUAUUUGGUCAUUUCAUCCAGAAGAAUACUGUGGAAUCAACAUCAUUCUAGUUACUGGUGUAAGUAUUGCAAUCAUCAUAGUGAUGUUCCUCUCUCUUCUGGUAUACCAUAAGCGCUGGUGGUUCAAUCACAAGAUGUUCCUUCUAAAACUAGCCAUCCUUGGCUAUGAUGAAAUCACAGAGGAUGCUGAUCCAAGUGACUAUCAAUACCAGCUUAACAUCAUGUUCCAUGACGAUGAUGCAGAGUGGGUAAAUGAAAACCUAAAGCCGGCACUUGAAGAAAGGAUGCCUCAUCUGCAGAACAUAGCCUUUGGAGACGAAGAUCUUCAUUUGGGGAUGUACUAUCUAAAUGCUUUACAUCAUAACAUUGAUAAUAGCUUCAAGACAGUUUUGUUGAUAAGUAACAAGUCAGAGGAUGAUGCUUGGUUCAUGACCAAGCUAAGAAUGGCUGUUGAGCAUGUGAACGACACCAAGUUAGACAAGAUCAUCUUGAUAUUCUUAGAGGACAUCCAUGAAGCCAGUUUACCAUAUCUUGUAAGACUCUUGCUAAGUAGAAACAAACCUUAUUUGUUGGUUACAGAAGAUGAAGACGGUCAAGAGUUGUUUUGGGCUCAGUUUGAAAAAGAAAUGAGAGUAAACAAGGUUAUUAAUAGUGUAAUUCCCAUAUAAAUAAGUUUUUGAUAAAAAAUGAUUUUUUAAUUCCUCAAGGUGUGUGCAUCUUGAUUUUUGUUUGGUCUCGCCUGCAUAGCUGAGCAAGACUAUAGGCGCCGCUUUUCCGACGGUGGCAUCGUCAACAUUGAAAUCUUAACCAAGGUUAAGUUUCUUAAAUGUCACCAUAACUUGGGAAAUUAUCUUGAUCUAGUUCAUGGAACUUGGACUUAAGGGUAAUUAAGUUUUACUGAACAUCCUGCUGAGUUUCGGGUCACACGACCAGGGGCCGUAUUCUGAAAAUUGUCUUAAGAGAAAUAUUCUUCUAUCUUUAGAGUUACAAUAAAAUCCGUAUUCCAAAUAUUCUUGUAUCUUUUCUUGUAAUUUUUUAUGUAUGAUGUCAGAGUUAGAAUUAUGCGUGAAGUUAAAAACAGAGCAUAAAUAUCCCUUUGCGCAAGAUAACAUAUCGAGAUAAAAGGUAUUCUGAAAAAUCUUUGCGUUCUGUUAACUUUCUUGCAAAAUACAAUAAAAUUUACAAGAGGUAGGGGGCUAUUGUAACUUAUUGUUGCAUGCGAUAUUUGUCCGUCUGCAAUGAUUAUUUCUUGCUGCAUCCCACAAGAACAUCAUGUUUUACAAUUAGGAGACAUUCCAAAGACAUAAAGACGGAUUGGAAGACUUUUCAGCAAUUAAAAAUUGGUGUUCGAGACGAUGAAUCUUUUCAGAGAAAAUAUGUCUUUGAGAAGAGCCACAUGUAUUUUUAGCACAGAAGCGCACAAGCAUAUGUGUCAGGGGCGCAAGGAAAUUAUGCCUUAUCUCACCAAUACGCUUCAUUUUUUCAGAAGAGCUGCUUCUAUUGGUUUAACCUAAGCAUAUAACAAGCUUAAUGAUUGGUUGAUGAUGAAAUAUUGGGCGUGUCAGAGAUAAAAUAGGGGAUGUCCUUACAGAGAUAAGACAAUUUUCAGAAUAUGAAUUUAAGAGAAUUUUAGCUUUUAUCUUGCUGACUUACAAGAAAAGUAAAGACAAUUUUUAGAAUACCACCCCAGUGUCAAAUGUAAUAGGGUCAAUGAAUGUAGACCAUGUUUUGGGAAUCAACAUAAAAAAGACUUAAUCAAGGUUAGUAUUUGAAAUGUCAUAACUUUAAAAGUUUAUGAAACUUGGACAUAAGGGCUUGGUGUAUCACUGGACAUCCUCCCAGAGCUUUGGAUUACAUGACCAAGGUCAAAGGUCAUUCAGGGUCAAUGAACUUUGGCCAUGUUGGGGGUAAUUGUUGAAUUGCCAUUUUAACUUUGAAACUAUGGAUCUAGUUGAUGAAACUUGAACAUAAGAGCCAUCAAGUAUCAUUGAACAUCCUGUGCAAGUUUUAGGCCACAUGAUUAAGGUCAAAGGUCAUUAAGGGUCAAUGAAAAUAGUAUUUUGUUAUCAUAUGAAUGAUGUUUUUUGUGAAUGAUUAUUUGAUAGUUGUAUUUGAAGUCAGCACUGCUGUUAUAUUGAAUCGUAUAAUUCAGGCGAGACUGCCAGAGGCGUUCCACACUUAUAAUUGAAUAAGCACAAAAUGUAGAAAUGUACAUAUUGCUUGUUAAUCUUCAAAAUGAAUCUCAUACUGUCUUUUCAAACUGGUCAUCACAGAAUAAGAGACCUUCCAUGCUUUGAAUUGCCGAGAACUAUAGUUCCCUGACUUGAUAAUAGGGACUUUUUAAUUUACACAUAAACAAGUGAACGUCUGCCUACACUUCCACAUUAUUAAAGGACAACAAGUCCAUCCCAACAAGAAAUUAAUUUGAGUAAAAAGAGAAAAAUCCAACAAGCAUAACACUGAAAAUUUCAUCAAAAUCGGAUGUAAAAUAAGGAAGUUAUGACAUUUUUAAGUUUCGCUUAAUAUCACAAAACAGUUAUAUGCACAUUCUGGCUGGUAUGCAAAUGAAGAGACUAUGAUGUCAUCCACUCACUAUUUCUUUUGUAUUUUAUUAUAUGGAAUAUGAAAUAUUCUAAUUUUCUUCCCAAUGUCAAGUGAAACAACGAGCAUUCAGUUCAGUUCAGUUCAGUUUGGUUUAUUUUCAUAUCUCAUAAAAUAUCAAAUACAAUGUAACGUUGAUCAAAAGACAGUAAAUUAUUGAUAAUAAAAUAAUACAAUACAUCACCAUAAUUCAUAAUAAAUCAGACAAAUGUUAUACAAUUGAACGUUUGGAUUGGAGACAGAUAUAUCAAUAAAAUGAGACUAUGAAGGGCAAACUAUUUAAAAAGCAUGUGGAAUUGGCAUUGUUUAAUACUAUAUGGUUCAGUCAAGUUGGUCCUUAUUGUCAAAUCUGUAAAAAUUGAAAAAUUGUA